AUGAGUAACAACAUUUGCAACAUAUCGCUCGAAUACGAUGCGACCAAACAACAGAAUAUAACAUGGGUCGACAGCCCCAACGUCCGGGGCACCCUCGACAUCCUCCAGAGCUGCGUCUUGACCCUCGUCGCAUGCAUCUACACGGCUCUGCAUCUCGAUGUGCCUCUCAAGACGGCAUGGCACGAGGUCUUCCUCUACAAGCUCAAAUGGGUUCUCAUCACUCUCUUUGCGCCUGAGAUUUCGGUUUACAUGGCUGCGGAUCAGCUCCAGCAAGCUUGGAGCCUCAAAAAGAGGCUUCUGUCUCUGGUCCCCGAGGUACAGGCCGUGGUUCCUGGCACGGGGGAGACUGAGGUUGAGCUUCCGCUGGUGGGGAGUAAGACCAACGUCAUGAGCGCAAUUCCAGAGAUUAGUCUUAAAUACGCCUUCUUCAUCAUAAUGGGAGGCGUCCGCGUCAACGUCGACGACAUAAUCUCGCUCCCCGACCUCGACUUUAAAGCACAACGCCACUUUACCACCCGUCCUUACACGAUCCGAGUCGGUCCCAAGACGAUAAUCCAGCUUGCUGAAAAAGGAUACUGGAUAAACAUACCAAAGCAAAAGAUUGACGAUAAAAGCAAGGCUGACGUCCUUCAGAAGUGUCUGGUCAUGAUCCAAGUUUCUUGGAUGGUGAUGCAGUGCAUCGUUCGCAAGGUUUAUAACUUGCCUCUUGCCUUAUUAGAGGUUCAUACUAUGGUGCACGUUGUUUGUGCCAUGUUCCUCUAUCUCUGCUGGUUGAGGAAACCAUUAAAUGUCCUAGAGCCCGAACUGCUAGACCCUGGCAAGUUCAAGGGCACCAUAGCCCUUCUCGCUCAGCAACAGUUCUACCCCAACAUGGCUACUAGGCUAGCCCUCGUUCCUCCUCAGGAAUACCCUGACCAGCCACCCCCGCGAAGACGAGGCGGUCUUAUCUCUCAUGACUGGAUCACACCGAAUAUGGGGCAGCGCAUAACCCAUGAAGAAUACCCUUGGGUCUCAGAAAAGAUGUGGGCUUAUCUACCCCCGGAUGCAUGGGCGAGACUCAGAUCGGACCGCUCGGAGCGACUACCUUUAGGUGCCUGGCGAUGGCUCCCCCCAAGACCGGGACGUUGGAUCUCAGACAAAGAGACCCAGAUGCGUCCGGGUGAUGUUCUCCCGUGCGGCCUCAUGUAUCACUCCGAGUUUCAAGAUCUCCCCCUCCCGCUAACAGAGGAAUUCCUCAACCGAUGGGACGCGAUCUUGAAAGCAUUCCCAUUCCAAGACCGCGAAGAAUUAUCAAGUACAUCCAAGUUCCUCAGAGUAAACAGACUUGGAUGGGACUUUGAACUCGUCGACCCCGAAGAAGACGCCCCAGUCCAAGGCCAAGACCUCUUCCUCGCCCGUCUAAAAGAAUUCGCACCCGUUCCCGUUGGCAUCUUCAGAACCAUGCCCUUCAGCGCCGGCAAACGGAAUCUCGACAUCAACCUCAAGGUCUUUACAGAGAACACGGGCUCAUCCUUCGGUCUCCUGAAGUUUUUCAGAGCCUUCCCCUGGCUGGCGGUCCUCGCCCUCCUCCUCUCUGGCAUCUACGGCGGCGUCCACCUGUCAGCCUGGAGAUCGACGUUCCCCAGUAUCCAUGAACAAAUCCUCUGGAAGGUCAGCUGUAUAUACAUCGCAGCCGUUCUCCCCGUAUACUUUAUCAUUGGCCCUGCAAUGUCGGACGUUGCAUUCUGGUCUGGGCCUGAAACUUUCACUGCUGUCGGGAUGUCCACGGUGAUAUCACUUGUUCUACUGACCGAGAUAAAGAAAGUCGCCAUCUUUGGUGCAUCGGGCAACUUUGGCACCCCCAUCACAGCCGCCCUUACAAAGGCUGGUUUCGACGUGACUGUCAUCUCUAGGACCGAAUCAACGGCAACCUUUCCCGAUGGACUUCCCGUCAUCAAAACUACAUAUACCCUUGAGAACCUCACCAAAGCCUUGGCCGGUCAAGAUGCGGCAGUCUGCGUCGUGGGCCCCGCCGGCGUCAGUUUGCAAUCCACCAUGAUCGACGCUGCAGAAGCCGCAGGGGUAAAGCGCUUCAUUAUUGAUGACUUUGGCUGGGGACCAGACUUUACGAGCUUCCCCGAGUUUGAACCUAUCCGCGCUCAGCGACUAGUGGGAGUGAAUCACGCCGAGGCCCGGGGUGAAGCAAAUCCGGCCUUUAGCUGGACUGGCAUCGCGACAGGCAAUCCCGUUGACUGGGCUCUCAAGCGCUUUCCUCUCAUGGGUUUCGAUAUUCCCAACAAGGCCGCUCUCAUCUACGACUCUGGAACGGAAAAGUUUACGGGAACCACAUUGGAAGGCAUCGGUCAAUCAGUCGCCGGCGUCCUCCAAAACCCGGAAGCCACAGCAAACUGCACCGUCAAAGUCAUGUCCAUAAAAGCAAGCCAAAACGAACUCCUACAAGCCUUUGAAAGUGUUUCAGGGAGCAAGUGGGACAUUCAGAGAUCGACAACAAAGGAAUUGAUAGACGAUGCGCGGGAGAAGCAUGCAAAGGGUGACAGGGGUUGGAUUCUGGCGUUGGCGGUAGCUCAGCUGUUUAAUGAGGGAAAGGCCAUGUGCCUUGUUGCGCCUUCGUGGGAGGAGUCGGAUUCAAAGUUGUUGGGGGUGGCAGAGGUGUCUCCUCGGGAGCUUGCUGCUACUGUUCUAGGUGUCUCUGUAGACUAA